AUGCGCACUCGUGGCAAGGAUGGCUUCAGGCAACCUGUGGACCGUCUCAACCUCAUCACGAUGGUCGCGACCACCUCUCCGCUACCGUCAUUCGUCCGCACGGCGCCCUCAGACCCGACCUGGCGUCAGGCUAUGCAGGCCGAGUUUGACGCUCUGCAGGACAAUGACACCUGGACCUUGGUGCCUCGCCCUCCUGGUGUCAACCUCGUCACUGGCAAGUGGGUUUUUCAUCACAAGUUCAAGUCUGAUGGCUCUCUUGACCGCUACAAAGCUCGUUGGGUCCUUCGCGGCUUCACACAGCAACCUGGCAUUGACUAUGAUGAAACGUUCACUCCAGUUGUCAAGCCAGCCACAAUCAGGAUGGUUCUCACUCUGGCUCUGUCUCGCUCCUAG